CGAAAAGGCCCGAAGAGGCGCACACACGCUGCGUCAACCAUCAUCCCCUGGCCCUCCCUCUCCAUUUUUUAAACAUGGCGGCCGUGUCUACGCUACUAACUAACGUCCAGUCGCCUGCAAAGUGACUUGGCCUCAGACGGCCUUGCUCGGCCGCUCGCCGGUUGUCCUUGUCCGCCGCUCGAAUGCGAACGCUGACCGUUACCACCUCGCCGCCGCCGACAAGAAGCUCCGAGCCCCGGCCGGUCUAGCGACAUCUGUAGCCUCUGCGAGCGAGUGAGCAAGGGCCCUUCUUCGCUUUCUGCUUCUUUUUGGAGCCCACACGGCAGCACCAGCCUGGAAAUAAACCCCACCACUACCACCACCUUGCCCCGUCCGGAGCGAUGGUUUGACGUGGAGCACUCUGGCCGUCCUCUGCGCGAACGAUGUGUGAAAACUGCGCCGAGCUGGUGGAGGUUCUGAACGAAAUUUCCGACGCAGAUGGCAGCGAGGGCGGCUUCCAGCUCAAGAAGGAACAUGCGCUGCGAGUAUUGGCUCACAUCAGCUCAUGGACGCAGAGACAAUGCCUGUGCUGCUUCAAGGAGUACAAGCACCUGGAGAUCUUCAACCAGCUGGUGUACGCGCUCAUCAACCUGGUGGUCGGACAGAUCAGCGGCCUCAGAGACCGCCUGUGCCGCCUCCACCGCCACGGCCAUCCCGAGGAGGCCGUUCCGGCAGUGGCAGCCGCUGAGUGCCAAAAUCCUGAUGAAGAACAGACCACACGUGAGCCACCUCAUCGUCCGAGCUCACCCGGAGAGGACGAGCCUGUCAAUGUGGAGCGGGACUCGGCAGAAGAGGACGGCCUGUCUCCGGACCACAACCUGAGCCGGAAGCAGGCUGAGACGCCAAUUCAAGCAGGGCCCAAGGAACAGGAGGAGGAAGGCAACGGCAGCAGUGACGGGUCGGGAGGCGGCUACGAUGCAUUCAGCUCGUGGAGCACCGAGGAGCGGGAGAAGCUGCUGCUGUGCGCCGCAAAGAUCUUCCAGAUCCAGUUCCCGCUCUACACAGCUUACAAACACAACACGCACCCCACCAUUGAGGACAUAUCUGCCCAUGAGAGCAGCAUUCUCGGCUCCUACUGUGACAUGAAUGAUGUGGAGGUUCCCUUGCACCUUUUGCGCUAUGUUUGUCUGUUCUGCAGCAAGCACGGCCUGUCUUUGAUGAAGGAAUGUUUCCAGGCCGCCACGCCAGACAGCCUUCCCUUCCCCAUUGCGCACGCCUUCAUCACCAUCGUCUCCAACAUCCGAAUAUGGCUUCACAUUCCAGCCGUCAUGCAACACAUCAUCCCUUUUCGCUCCUACGUCAUACGGUACCUUUGCAAGCUUUCUGACCAGGAGCUGCGUCAGAGUACGGCUCGGAACAUGGCCGACCUAAUGUGGAGCACAGUGAAGGAGACUCUGGACAGUGCACUUUGUUUCGACAAGGAGAGCUUGGACCUAGCCUUCAAGUACUUCAUGUCGCCCACACUCACUAUGCGGCUGGCCGGACUCAGCCAGAUAACGAACCAGCUGCACACUUUUAACGACGUGUGUAACAACGAGUCACUGGUGUCUGACACAGAAACGUCCAUAGCCAAGGAUCUGGCUGACUGGUUGAUCCACAACAAUGUGGUCGAACACCUAUUUGGACCCAAUUUGCACAUUGAGAUCAUUAAACAGUGCCAAGUGAUCCUUAACUUCUUGGCUGCGGAGGGCCGACUCAGCACGCAGCACGUGGACUGCAUCUGGGCUGCAGCUCAGCUGAAGCACUGCAGCCGCUACAUCCAUGACCUUUUUCCUUCCCUCAUCAAGAACUUGGACCCAGUGCCCCUCCGUCAUGUUCUCAACUUGGUCUCAGGUCUGCACCCCAGCGCGCACACUGAGCAGACACUCUACUUGGCCUCCAUGCUCAUCAAGGCUCUGUGGAACAACGCUCUGGCCGCCAAAGCCCAGCUGUCCAAGCAGAGCUCCUUUGCUUCGCUUCUCAACACCAACAUUGCCAUGGGCAACAAGAAGGGCUCCCCGGCCGCUAGCCCGGACAGCAGCGACACGCAGCACAGCGCCAGCAGCGACAUCGACGAGCAGAUGAUGGCGGGAAGCAAGCGUGGUCAGCAAAGGCUUUCGGACACUGAGCGUUGUGAUGGUGGAUGUCAGGAGUCGAUGCAGGGUAGCUCCGAUGAGACAGCCAAUAGCGGCGAGGAGGGCAGCAGCGGGCCGGGCAGCACCAGCGGCCACAGCGACGCCUCAAGCAACGAGGCCGCCUCCAGCAGAGCAAGCCAAUCGGCCGGUAGCCCCGCCAGCGACGUACACUCGGACGACAUGGCCGACAGCGAGGCCCUAAAGGAGGAGGAGGAGGAGGAAGACGACGAUGACGAGGAAGAUGAGGAGGAAGAAGAGGAAGAUGACGACGAUGACGAUGAAGAGGAUGAUGAGGAAGAAGAGGUGCCUGGUGACGACAGGCCACAGAAGGCAGAGAGGGACCCUCGGGAGCAAGCGGAGUCGCGGAAGAGGAAGGCGGGCGAGGCUCUGAGCGAGGGCACCAAACCCAAGGUUCUUCCCUACAGCCCGGAGACAUCCGCCAUCAUGGCAGCCGCUGCGUCGUCCUCCCUGGAGAGUCGCAUGAGAAUGAUGGAUACGUGCGUGGCGUCCUCGUCCGCGCAUCCCCCUCAGGCACCCGACAUCAGCCCUUGCCAGGUGAGACCCCAGGAGCCUCCCUGCGUGACGAGGCCUGCAGACUUCCUGGGCGAGGCCAUGGGUGGCGAGAUCUUCAACUGCCGCCGCUUCAUUGGACCCCAGCAUCACCGCCACCACCACCACCAUCAUCAUCACCACCACCACCAUCACCACCACCACCACCACCACGAAGGGCCAACGGUGGAGGACAUGCUGAGUGCCGACGACGUGAGCUGCAGCAGUUCGCAGGUCAGUGCCAAGUCGGAGAAGAACAUGGCAGACUUUGACGGCGAGGAGUCUGGUUGUGAGGAGGAACUGGCCCAGAUCAACUCGCACGCCGAGCUUAGCUCACACCUGCAGCAGCACCUCCCCAACCUGGCGUCGAUCUACCACGAGCACAUGGUGCAAGGUCCGGCCGUGCACAAGCAUCAGUACUCGAGCGGCCACGCGGUUACCGACGUCAACUUGGACAACGUCUGCAAGAAAGGAAACACGUUGCUGUGGGACCUGGUGCAGGACAAUGAUGCUGUCCACCUGUCUGAAGGUCUGAUCAACGAGGCAGAGAAGCUGCUGUGCUCGCUGGUGUGCUGGUUCACUGACCGACAGAUUCGCAUGCGAUUCAUUGAGGGUUGCCUAGACAACCUGGCACACCACCGAUCUGUUGUGGUCUCCUUGAGACUCCUUCCCAAACUCUUCGGCACUUUCCAGCAGUUCGGCUCCAGCUACGACACUCACUGGAUUACCAUGUGGGCUGAGAAGGAGCUGCACAUGAUGAAGCUCUUUUUUGACAAUCUCCAGCACUACAUUCAGGAGGUCCGACAGCAUCGGCACAAAUUUGCUCUGUAUGGUCACAGUGCAGAAGUCCAGGUGCGGCUGCAGUUCCUUACUUGCGUCUUCUCCACGCUAGGAUCCCCAGACCAUUUCAGACUGAGCCUGGAACAGGUGGACAUCCUGUGGCACUGCCUGGUGGAGGACGCAGAGUGCUACGACGAUGCCCUGCACUGGUUCCUCAAUCAGGUGCGCAGCAAAGACCAGCACGCCAUGGGCAUUGAGACGUACAAGCACCUCUUCCUGGAGAAGAUGCCGCAACUGAAACCGGAGACAAUCAGCAUGACAGGUCUCAACCUAUUCCAGCACCUUUGCAACCUGGCCCGGCUAGCCACUAGUACACUGGACAAUGCUGCCAGCUGUGAGCUGUGCGGGAUGGACCAGCUGUGGGGCAUCGCCCUCCGUGCUCAGUCCGCCGACAUCAGCCGUGCCGCUAUCCAGUACAUCAACUCCUACUACAUCAACGCGGGUAAGACUGGUUUGGAGAAAGAGCAGGAGUUCAUCUGCAAGUGUAUGGAGAGCCUUCUGAUGGCAUCGGCCAACUUGGAGAAGGAAGCCCAGUCGGGCCUGACCAGCAUCGAGAGAGGCCUGCUCAUGCUCAAGACGCACCUGGAGGCCUUUAGACGCAGGUUUGCCUACCACCUGCGCCAGUGGCAAAUCGAGGGCACAGGAAUCAGCAGUCACCUUAAGGCGCUCAGUGACAAACAGUCGCUGCCCCUCAGGAUCGUGUGUCAGCCCGCUGGACUGCCAGACAAGAUGACCAUCGAGAUGUAUCCCAGCGACCAAGUGGCGGACCUACGCGCUGAGGUGACCCACUGGUACGAAAACCUGCAGAAAGAGCAGAUGAACCAGCAAGCGCAGCUGCAGGAGUUCGGCCAGAGCAGCCGGCAGCCGGGAGAAUUCACAGGGGGUCUCAUGGGACCUGUCCGGAUGAUCUCUUCGGGCCACGAAUUAACCACUGACUACGAUGAGAAAACCCUUCAUGAGCUGGGCUUCAAGGACAUGCAGAUGGUGUUUGUGUCUUUGGGAGCACCUCGUCGCGAGCGUAAAGGCGAAGGCGUGCAGCUGCCAGCCUCUUGCUUGCCUCCCCCACAGAAGGAGCACAUCCCCAUGCUGCUGUUGCUACAGGAGCCUCACCUCACCACACUCUUCGACUUGCUGGAGAUGCUGGCCUGCUUCAAGGCACCCAGUCCUUCUGCAGAGAACCUCAAUGACAGUCCUGAGAUGGCCCGCUGCGAGGAACUGCACCUCCAUGCCGAGAACCUUUCUCGCCGUGUUUGGGAGCUUCUCAUGCUGCUGCCCACAUGUCCUAAGAUGCUGCAAGCCUUUCAAAACAUCUCUGACGACAAUACGAAUGAAGGUCUUUGCUGGAAGGAGCUGCUGAGGAUCAAAAGUGCUCACAAGCUGCUCUACGCUCUUGAGAUUAUCGAAGCUCUGGGAAAACCAAACAGACGCAUCCAUAGAGAGUCCACUGGCAGCUACAGCGACUUAUAUCCAGACUCUGAUGACUCGAGCGAGGACCAAAUUGAAAACAGCAAAAACUCGUGGAGCUGCAAGUUUGUUUCAUCUGGAGGUCUACAACUGCUCCUCGAGAUCUUCAACUCUGGCAUCCUGGAGCCCAAAGACCAGGAAUCCUGGACUGUGUGGCUGUUGGACUGCCUGGCCUGCCUGCUGAAGCUCAUUUGCCAGUUUGCCGUGGACCCCGCCGACCUAGACUUGGCUUACCACGAUGUUUUCUCGUGGUCCGGCCUGGCCGACGGCCAGCGCAAGCGAGCCUGGCCAGGAAAGUCGCGCAAGUCCACCGUGGACCACGGGAAAAGUCUACACAUCCCCAGACUCACCGAGGUGUUUCUCAGCUUGGUCCAGGGAACCAACUUGAUUGAACGUCUCAUUAACGUGGCGUACACGUACGACAACCUGGCGCAUAGAAUUUUAAAGGCCCAGUCGGAUCACAGGUCUCGACAUGAAGUCACCCACUACUCCAUGUGGCUGCUGGUGAGCUGGGCCCAUUGCUCGUCGUCUGUCAAGUCCAGCCUGGCUGACAGCGAGCGUCUGCCGGACUGGCUCAGGAAACUGACCUUGCUGGUGCCGGAGCCGGCUGUGCGCCAUGAAGCGUGCAAUGGCCUUUACAAGCUCUCGCUGUCCGGGCUGGAGGGCGGAGAGUCCAUCAACAGAUCGUUCCUGCUGCUAGCUGCCUCAACGCUGCUUAAAUUCCUGCCUGACGCGCAAGCUGUCAAACCCCUCAGGAUGGAGGACUAUGAGGAGGAGCCUCUCCUAAAAAGUGGUUGCAAAGAGUACUUUUGGCUACUGUGUAAGCUCAUCGACAACAUCCAUGUCAAAGACGCAACUCAGGUUUCUCCCUCUCUGUCGCUGGCGGGCUUGGUGCAGACCACUUUACUGGACCUGGACGCCCUGGCGCGACACCUGGCGGACUGCAUACGAAGCCGCGAGAUGUUGGACCAGCAAGACGGCAGCAUCGAGGACGACGGCCUGACUGGUUUGCUGCGUUUGGCCACCAGCGUCCUCAAGCACAAGCCUCCGUUCAAGUUUUCACGCGAGGGCCAGGACUUUCUGCGCGAUGUCCACAACCUGCUGUUCCUGCUGCCCAGCUUGGCCGACCGGGCGCAGCCUAAGUGCAAGUCGCACGCCGCCCGCGCCGCAGCCUACGACCUCCUGGUGGAGACUGUGAAGGGUUCGGCCGACAACUACCGCCUGCUGCACAAUUGGGUCAUGUCGCAGCACAUGCAGGCCUCGCACGCUCCAUACAAGUGGGACUACUGGCCUCACGACGACGUUCGCGCCGAAUGUCGCUUCGUGGGCCUUACCAACCUGGGUGCCACCUGCUACCUGGCGUCCACCAUCCAGCAGCUCUACAUGAUCCCCGAGGCCCGCCAAGCCAUCUUCACAGCCAAGUAUGCUGAGGAUAUCAAACACAAGACUACACUACUGGAGCUACAGAAGAUGUUUACAUACUUGAUGGAAAGCGAGAGGAAAGCGUACAACCCACGCCCGUUUUGUAAAACCUACACCAUGGACAAACAGCCGCUCAACACGGGCGAGCAGAAGGACAUGACUGAGUUCUUCACAGACCUCAUCACCAAGAUUGAGGAAAUGUCGCACGAGCUGAAGAACACUGUGAAGACUCUGUUUGGAGGCGUCAUCACCAACAAUGUUGUUUCACUGGACUGCGACCACGUGAGUCAGACUGUCGAGGAGUUCUACACGGUCCGGUGCCAAGUGGCUGACAUGAAAAACAUCUACGAGUCACUGGACGAGGUGACCAUCAAAGACACGCUAGAGGGUGACAACAUGUACACGUGCUCACACUGCGGCAAGAAGGUCCGCGCAGAGAAAAGGGCUUGUUUCAAGAAGCUGCCCGGCAUCUUGAGCUUCAACACCAUGCGCUACACCUUCAACAUGGUCACUAUGAUGAAGGAGAAGGUCAACACGCACUUCUCCUUCCCGCUGCGCCUCGACAUGACUCCCUACACCGAACACAUCCUCAUGGCCAAAGGAGAGCGCAAAGAGGGUGAGCCCAAGGCAUCGGAGAGUUCUGAAUAUGACCUAAUCGGCGUGACGGUGCACACGGGCACUGCGGAUGGAGGCCAUUACUACAGCUUCAUACGAGACAUAGUCAACCCUCACGCAUACAAGAAUAACAAGUGGUACUUGUUUAAUGACGCUGAGGUGAAGCCUUUCGAUUCGGCACAGCUGGCAUCCGAGUGCUUCGGCGGAGAAAUGACGACCAAAACGUACGACUCUGUUACUGACAAGUUCAUGGACUUCUCCUUCGAGAAGACACACAGUGCCUACAUGUUGUUCUACAAGCGCGUGGAGCUUCAGGAGGACAACGCCAAGGAUUUCACCUUUGAUGUUUCUCCAGAUCUGUUAGAGUGGAUCUGGCACGACAACAUGCAGUUCCUCCAGGACAAGAACAUAUUCGAACACACCUACUUUGGGUUCAUGUGGCAUUUAUGCAGUAGCAUCCCCAGCACGCUUCCUGACCCCAAAGCCAUCUCCCUCAUGACAGCCAAGCUCAGUACAUCAUUCGUCCUGGAGACCUUUAUUCAUUCUAAGGAAAAGCCCACCAUGCUGCAGUGGAUUGAACUCCUCACCAAACAGUUCAACAAUAGCCAGGCGGCCUGCGAGUGGUUUUUGGACAGAAUGGCAGAUGACAACUGGUGGCCCAUGCAAAUCCUCAUCAAGUGCCCCAAUCAGAUUGUCAGACAGAUGUUUCAGAGGUUGUGCAUCCACGUCAUUCAAAGGCUACGCCCAGUCCAGGCUCACCUAUACCUACAGCCCGGCAUGGAAGACGGGUCUGAUGACAUGGACGGGUCAGUGGAGGACAUUGGCAGCCGCUCUUGCGUGACCCGCUUCGUGAAGACGCUGCUAUCAAUUAUGGAGCACGGAGUCAAGCCUCACAGCAAACACCUCACUGAGUACUUUGCCUUCCUCUACGAGUUUGCAAAGAUGGGAGAGGAAGAGAGUCAAUUCCUCCUGUCGCUGCAAGCCAUCUCCAUUAUGGUGCACUUCUACAUGGGAACCAAAGGACCAGAGAAUCCACAAGUGGAGGUUCUUUCAGAGGAGGAGGGAGAGGAAGAAGACGAGGAGGAGGACAUCCUCUCCCUGGCUGAGGAGAAAUAUCGUCCGGCCGCUCUGGAGAAGAUGAUCGCUCUCAUCGCCCUCCUGGUGGAGCAGUCGCGCUCAGAAAGACACCUGACACUGUCGCAGAGUGACAUGGCGGCACUGACGGGCGGCAAAGGUUUCCCGUUCCUCUUCCAGCACAUCCGAGACGGCAUCAACAUCCGGCAGACAUGCAACCUCAUCUUCAGCCUCUGUCGCUACAACAAUCGCCUGGCCGAGCACAUUGUGUCCAUGCUGUUCACCUCCAUUGCCAAGCUGACACCCGAGGCUGCUAAUCCUUUCUUCAAGCUGCUUACCAUGCUGAUGGAAUUCGCGGGUGGCCCCCCGGGGAUGCCCUCUUUUGCCUCUUACAUCCUGCAGAGGAUCUGGGAGGUUAUCGAGUACAGCCCUUCUCAGUGUCUGGACUGGUUGGCGGUGCAGACUCCUCGGAACAAGCUAGCCCACAGCUGGGUUCUGCAGAACAUGGAGAACUGGGUGGAGCGCUUCCUUCUGGCGCAUAACUACCCUCGCGUGCGCACCUCGGCGGCCUACCUUCUGGUGUCGUUGAUCCCCAGCAACUCCUUCCGUCAGAUGUUCCGUUCCACGCGCUCGCUGCACCUGCCCACCCGCGAGCUGCCGCUGUCGCCUGACACCACAGCGGUGCUGCACCAGGUCUACAACCUCUUGCUGGGCCUGCUGGGCCGGGCCAAGCUCUACGUAGAUGCCAGUGUACACGGCACAACCAAGCUGGUGCAAUACUUCAGCUUCAUGACCUACUGCCUCAUCUCGAAGACUGAGAAGCUCAUGUUCUCUCUCUACUUCAUGGACCUGUGGAACCUCUUCCAGCCCAAACUGUCAGAGCCGGCCAUCGCCACCAACCACAACAAGCAGGCACUGCUUUCCUUCUGGUACAACGUGUGCGUGGACUGCAGCGAGAACGUGCGGCUGGUGGUGCAGAACCCAGCCGUCACAAAGAACAUCGCCUUCAAUUACAUCCUGGCCGACCACGAUGACCAGGAGGUGGUCCUGUUCAACCGCAGCAUGCUACCCGCAUACUAUGGCAUCCUGCGCAUGUGCUGCGACCAAUCGCCCGCCUUCACGCGCCAGCUGGCUUCGCACCAGAACAUCCAGUGGGCCUUCAAGAAUCUGACGCCGCACGCCAGCCAGUAUCCAAGGGCAGUGGAGGAACUCUUCAACCUGAUGCAGUUGUUCGUGGCGCAGAGAGCCGACAUGCGAGAAGAGGAAGUGGAGGACGUCAAGCAGUUCAAGAAAACCACCAUCAGCUGCUACCUGAGAUGUCUGGAUGGACGAUCGUGCUGGACCACCCUCAUCAGUGCCUUCAGAGUCCUGUUGGAGAACGACGAGGACCGACUACUGGUGGUGUUCAACAGAGGACUCAUCCUCAUGACGGAGUCCUUUAACACGCUACACAUGAUGUACCACGAGGCCACCGCCUGCCAUGUAACCGGAGACCUGGUGGAGCUGCUUUCCAUCUUCCUGUCUGUGCUCAAGGCCACAAGGCCCUACCUGCAACGCAAAGAUGUGAAACAGGCUCUGAUCCAGUGGCAGGAGAGGAUCGACUUUGCCCACAAGCUGCUCACGCUGCUCAACUCGUAUAGCCCACCCGAGCUACGCAAUGCGUGCCUAGACGUGCUGAAGGAACUCCUUCUGCUGAGCCCGCAUGACUUCCUGCACACACUGGUGCCCUUCCUGCAACACAACCACUUCACAUACCACCACAGCAACAUACCCAUGUCACUGGGACCGUACCUGCCCUGCCGAGAGAACAUGAAGCUGAUGGGGGCCAAGAGCAACGUUCGCCCCCCAAGGCCUGAACUUAACAUGUGUCUGCUGCCGUCCAUGGUGGAAAGUGCUAAGGGUAAAGACGAGGCAUACGACCGUAUGCUGCUGGACUACUUCUUGUCCUACCAGCAGUUCAUUCACCUUCUGUGUCGCGUGGCCAUCAACUGCGAGAAGUUCACAGACACGCUGGUCAAACUGAGUGUGCUGAUGGCGUACGAAGGACUUCCUCUGCAUCUCGCCCUCUUCCCCAAACUGUGGACCGAAUUGUGCCAGUCGCAGUCGCUUUUGUCCAAGACGUGCGUAAAGCUGCUUUGCGACGACGCGGCCUUCGGCGAGUACAUCAAGUGCGUUCUAAUGGACGAGAGGAGCUUCCUCAACAACAAUGCCGCCUAUGCCUUCCUUACUUGCUUCCUGCACAAGGUACAGGUAUUGUCAGGCGUGAGCUGCUGCAGCCUGGUCAGCGUGUUAGUGGCGAGCGUGUUGAGCGAGCACGGCGACUUGAGGCCCGAACACGUGUCCGAUUGGCCGCAACUCAACAAGACCGCCGCCCUGCUGAAUGCCGACCUCCGGGCUUUGACAUUAGUGCUGUCGGUGCAAGCGCCUCCUUCCCUGGACCCCGCCUUGGGCCCAGCCCUCCACGAGCUGACGGCUCGAUGCCGCCUUUGCCUGCAGCAACGUGAUGCGUUGAUGGACACGCACCACCACGAAGAUGAUGGAUCAGAGGAGGAGGGCGCCACUCCUCUGAAGCGGCGUCGCGUCAACAGCGACGACGACGAAGACGAUGGGACGGCGGCUCUCUGCACAGCGUCUUGCUCCACGAGCGCCGGGGCAGACUCGUCCAAGCUGGAGCGGCCGGGUGCGCUGACACCCACCAGCACCUCUGACACAGAGACGCGGGACUCCUCCUCCCUCAUCGACCCGGGCACAGAGCAAGACCCGCCGACCCCUCCGGACCCCGCCGACCCCUCCCUCGCGGACCCCGCCUCUCCCCCCAAAGAGGACAAGAUGGCAGAAGAGGCAGAUCGGAGUGCGGCCGACUCCGAGGCCCCGCCCCUCCCGGAGGAGCCCGGCCGUUCGACGAGCCCGCAGAGCACAGCAGGGGAGGGGCCGGAGGACGCGCUGGACGCCUUGUGCCGGACGCUGGAAGCCGCUGUCGCCAUGGUUACCAAACUGAGCGCAAAAGCCCCACCCUCCUUGUGACAUCAUUGGUCGCCGUGAGGUCCCCCCCCCCGCGCUUUGUUGCCUUGGAGUCGCACUUUUUUUUUCUCCUUCUUUUCCUCAAAGGGCAAAAAAGUGUUUUUGUUGUUUUUUACAAAAAGUGAGGAUUAUGUUUUAUUUGCCGUAAUUUAAUUUUAUUGCGUUUUUACCGCUCGUCAUCUCUGUGCCACUUUUUGUACGUUUUUCAACAACUGGGCGACCACGGCGGAAAAGUCAAAACAAAAAUAGAAAAAAAAAUUGUUGCCUUGUGUUGGGACGAGAACACAAAAGUCAGUUUACCUGUAAAUGAGAAGAACCACAAGAAAACUUGAUUCUGUCAAGAAUCCUUGAAUAAAUGUUGCCUGAAGGUGUAUAUGAAAACUAUAAAUAUAUAUAUAUAGAUCUUUAUAUAUACAUAUAUAUAAAUAUGAAUCUAUAUAUAUAUAAAGUGGUGCUUUAUUGGACUAUGGUGCAAAUAAAGCCACCAGUCGGAGCUUUUUGAUUGUCUCGACUGGCGAAAAGUUGGUCCGUUCGGCCGUUUUGCUGUUGAGUUUUAGCUGCUUGUGUUGUCAAUUUCUUUCAUUUCUCAUCAAUAAAAAUCUUUAUUGACAAUC